ACCAAAAAAACAACCAAAAACCCCCAAACCACCCCCAAAAAACCACCCCAAGCACCCAGCUCCGAGAUCAAGCUGACUGACGAUGAGCGAAUCUGGCGCCAAAUCCAGCCAGCCCCUGGCCUCCAAGGGGGAGAAGGACGUGUCGGAGAAGAGGGGCCGGGGGCGGCCCAGGAAGAAGCCGCAGGAGCCCAGCGAGGCCCCGACCCCCAAGAGACCCCGCGGACGGCCGAAGGGCAGUAAAAACAAGGCCACCCCGAAAAGCAGGAAAGCUGCAGUCACACCAGGGAGAAAACCUCGAGGCCGACCCAAAAAAUCGCAGCAGGACGAGGAAGAGGUGAACAUUUCCCAGGAGUCAUCCGAGGAGGAGCAGUGAAACAUCCCGAACCGGUGCUACCUCAUCACCUGACGGUCCCGUGUCCUCGGCAGCCGGGGGAGAGGGACGGGGAGAAACCCACUGCGCCGCCCUGGCUUUUUCCUCCUCCCUCCUCUGCUCCUUCCUCACCCUCAGACAACGGCAGCACUGGAAAAUGGCCCAACCCA